AUCUUUCAUUUCCCCUUGGAAAAGGUUAUAAUCCAACUGAUAAACCCAAUUAUACAAUACCAAGUUUAAAUUAUAAUCCAUUUACACCCGCCGGUUAUCCUACUGUCAGGCAUCCUAACGCUAACUAUGAAGAUCAAUAUGAUUUGUUGAAUCAUAAUAUCUCUUUGUAUGCUUCUACGGUACUUAGACCAGGAGUUUAUCAAAUGCUUCAGAUUAAUAAUUACCUACAAUUUAGCAAUCAUGCUUUAAGAUCAGACGGUACAGAAAUGGAAAAUGCAUUUCAAGCUCAUCCGCCUCCUUUAGUAUUUGUUGGAUUUGGGCAUUUUGCAUCUAUUGAAAUGUGCCAUAAUUUCUUUCAUGCAGUAGCUGGUGGUCAUAUGUCAGUUGCAGAUAUAGCUGGAUUUGAUCCAUUAUUCUUUUUUCAUCAUACCGCCAUAGAUCGUUUACUUGCACUUUGGCAAGCAAUUAUUAACGGAACUUAUACAGAAGAACUAUACACAGUGGUAAAUGAUUAUACAGACCUAACACCAUUCCGUAAAUCAAAAACCGAAUUUUGGAAACCUUCAACAGUUCGUGAUAUAGAAAAACUUGGAUAUACUUAUCCUGAAUUG